AUUUUAAUCAUACUUAGAAUUAUGCAAACAUUAUUAAAACUUGGUUUUGUGUUCACAACGGAAAGAACAAAUGUAUAGUGCGGACUGGAACAACUGCUCUACCGAAAUUAUUUUUAAAAAUUCUGUUACUUUUAAGAAAUAGUAUAAAAUGGAUACAUCGUGUACAAUAAAAACUAUAACAGAACAAGAUGUUAAAUUAAUCGUAAAAAGUUGUUUAUCAAAUACAAAUGCAAUUAUAGAAAAUUACGUAAUUCAUAACGCCAGUGAUAAAAUGUUAGGAUUUUUAUCAGAUUAUUGGAAACUGAAAGUGCAACUACUUGUAAAGGAAAAGAGAAAAUUACUUUCCUUCUUUAUUAAAGCAAUAUCGACUACAAAUGAAGCUAAGGCAAAUAUGGUGAAGGAGUUGAAAUUAUUCGAUAAAGAAUUAUUUUUCUACAAAGUUAUUAAACGACAAAUCGAAAUAUCAGGUAUGAAGUCUUGGAGUGCACCACUCAUAACAGCUCUUCCCGAAGCAAUGGUUUUUGAUGAUUUAAAUGCAAAGGGAUAUCAGACUAGAAAUAAAUUCGAAAGAUUCGACGAAGAACAUACAUUACAAGCUCUAUACACACUGGCACGUUUUCACGCAUCUUCCAUUAUUUACGAAGAAAGAAAAAGCAAAUCAUUAAUGAGGAAAUAUCGAAUUAACGAAGAAUUUGAAAAUUAUCUAAAUCGAGGAGGAUACAAAAUAUCAGAUGCAUGGUACUAUCAAUGUAUGACAGGAGCUUUGGAAGCGGUUAAAAGGUAUUCUAAAUAUAACAAAGAUAUUCAAGUGAUGGAUAAAUUAGAUAAACGGUGGAGAGAAGUUUGGCAAGCAGCAUUAAAACUUAGUGAUUCUAGUAAUCAGCGCUGUGUAAUCUGCCAUAGAGAUUUGUGGAACAAUAACAUUCUAUUCCACUACAAAGAUGUGUCUAAUUCAGAACCGGAUGAUUGCAUUUUAGUUGAUUUCCAAGCAGUCAGAUAUCAAGAACCUGCGGGAGAUGUAAUGCUUCUUCUUUAUUGUAAUUUAGAUCCAAUCUAUCGUGAAAAUAAUAUAUAUUUCUUUUUAAAUCACUACUACGAAGAAUUACAGCGAAUACUUUUUGAAAAAGGUAUAAAAAUAAAUGAUGUGUUGAGUAAAGAAAUGUUUUUAACAUCAGCGAAGGAACAAAGAUUAUGGGGUUUAGUAGUAAGCGCCUGCCUUAUUCCACAGUUUUGGCUUGAUGAUAAUCUAAUCACGAAAAUAUUUGGCAACACUGAAAAUUUUAAUGAAAUACUUUCGAAAAAUAAAGGCGCAUUUAUCAUUAAAAUGAUGGAAACAAACCAAGAUUAUAAAAAUAAUGUUAUAAGCGUUUUUGAUGAAAUAGUUAGGAGAUAUUGUGUUAAUUAAUUUUUA